UAUUCAUGCGAUAAACUCUGAGGCUGGAAAGCUGUAUCAUCAUUCGCUCGAUCAGCAUAUCCAACAUCGCUUAUACAACUGUGCCGCAACGUCAUUCAAAACGUGAUCUCAUGAUGGGGCCAAAACUAAGAAUAAGCCUAGCUGCAUAUGUUUUAAUACCACAGCGGCAACGAAAUACGCUAGCCCAGCCAUGCGGCCACACCCAGCGGCUAUACACAAGCUCUGAACGGCUGCACCCACACUGGUGCUCCGGCCUGACAGCUCCCGAGGCCUGCGCCGCACGCAGGUGUCCUGGAAAUGGCCUUCAGCCGCCUCUCUUGGCACGCUUCUUGAGAGGUCGGGCUUGGUCCUUGCGGCUAGCUUGUGCGAUGAAUGGUGGGUUGGCUCGGUAAUGCACCGAUUUCCAGAACGAAGGCAUAGUUUGCAUGUACGCCGCAGUAACAACUGUGUUUGAUGUUUCGAGCCUACUCCAAUCACGGAAGUGGUCUGUGGAGGCUUAUACCGCAGCUGAAUGUCGUUAUAGUA